UGAGAACUGAGUGAGUGAGCACACGGUGUCAGCACACAGACUGGGAACGAGGAAAAGACUCUAGUGAUCCAUCAGCAUCAAACAGAGAUGACUCCACUGAUCAGGGACCUUCUUUUUUUUCUGAUUGCCUCACCACUCCUUCACUCCCACCUGUUCACUCAUGCUGCUUCCACUUCCCCCCCCAUCACACGCCAUCGCAUCAUAUUCAUGACCGGCUCGGACGAUGACUAUAACGAUGAUUACAAUGACGACAACAAUAGCUCUCUUCCUGAAGUGCCGUCCUCAAAGAGGAUUCCCAUUCUCCGUGGGCAACCCCAGCUCUGCAAGAUCAAUCCCUGCCUGGAGGAUCAGGAACCCUGCCCCCAACUUUCAGUGAAGACCGGGUGCCUCUGUCCUGGGAUCAGUGGGGCAGAUGAGCCUCCUCACUCCCCAGUCAUCCAGGCAUUGCUGCCAGUCAGUAAAGGAGAUAACAGGGGGAAGGUAGAGGUGCAGUGGUGCGCUCCAUCUUCUGUGGUGUCUGGUUACAGAGUGGUCAUUGAGGGAAAUGAAGGUGAUGCUUUGGAGUAUGGAGAUGCUCUACGACGAGGGUUGGUGGGAUCCUUGGAACCUGGGACCAAGGUUUGUGUGGAGGCGACGAACAGCGCAGGACACAGCAGCCCCUCAGAGUUCUCCUGUGCACGGUAUGACCCUCCUAAAACCUCUGAACAUAACCUGCUAGUCUGGAUCAUAGGUGGAGGAGUCGCCCUGCUGCUACUUAUCACCAUAACAGCUGUGAUCCUAUGGAAAUAUAAAAUAUGUCAAAAGAGGAAAAGAGACUCCACUGAUGGUCUAGGGAACCCUUCUUACAGCACAGAGGGAACUCUGUAAUCCAGAAAGUGCAGUACGGACAAUCCAUCCCAACUACAAGAGAUAGAGGUGAUGUGAUUAUGAAAAAAGUAAAUCAUCUCGGGAUGGUUGUAUGAUUCAUUCCAGAGUCACAAAAUUGUUUUACGCUCCCUUUUCAGGGGUGGAUACAUGAUCAUUCUGAAAGAAAGAGCUGUGGCAUAACAGGCACAGGAUAACAGGCACAAUAACAAAUAACAACAGUUUAUUGAGUUAUUUUGGGAUAAUAACUGCAGGGUCAUUUGCUGGCAAAUUAACCUCUGUAGAUUUAUUGUAGUAAAUUUAAUUGUAAAUAUUUUUAGGCCAUAGCUUAUGAUUAAAAUGUUUGUAAUUAACUAAAUCUUAUUUUAAU